CUGAUUUAAACGGUUUCUGCAAGGAUCGACACACACACAAAGAGGAGUACAAACACCAGCACAGUGGACAUUUCUAUUCCUUUAAGAUCUUACUAUCACAGCUCAGACAUGAAAGGAAAAUUGUUCCUGUCCCUUGCUGCCUUGAUGCUUUUUCUUCCUGCAGUCACUGGAACUCAUCAUCUGUCAUUCGCCACCAACAGAAGCCAGGUGGACAUUACACGUAAUGGCUGCGGAACUGAAAAACUGUGUUUGGAUGAACCAAACGGCUGUGAUCCCACUCUAAACAGCUCCAUGUGCCUGUUCAUGUCCUCUGACCUCAUUGUUUUAACAUCUACCAAUGACUCUAUACUGACCUUCGAACUGAGAGGAUACUCAGAGGGUUACAUCGCAAUGGGACUGACCAUGAACGCAUCACAGCCUAGGGCCAUGAUUUUUGCAUGCGCUCAAAACAGCUCAAACAAUGGGAGUUUUUUCUUCCGCACGGCAAUGAGGACUGGCGUCAACGAUCCGCCCAUGCCGACAGAAAGGAAUACGACAGAAAUCAGAGGCGUGGUGAAUGGCAACAUCAUCAGAUGCGAGUUCAAUGUCCCUGACUUGAACUUCACCAACAUUAAUUACACUGUUCUUCUUGGAGUCGGGAAUGUGACCGAAGGUUCCCUCGAUCGCUUCGACGUGAGGCUGACAAGAGGUCCACUAAACCUGACAGACCCCACUAGGGGCAGCAGCAACCCCACUAGCCCACCACCAACUACCGCCCCAGCCCCAGCACCAACAACUACCCCCACACCACCUUUGACCAUCACUCGUGAUGGCUGUGGAACAAGAAAACUGUGUGUGGAGACACCAGGUAACUGUGAUCCAGCUGGAAGCGGCAUGUGUCUGUUCACAUCUGUAGUCGUCAGCAGCCCAAUGCCUCCCAAUGGAGUUAAUCUGAUGAUCGAACUGCGAGGAGACUCCCAAGGAUACAUAGCACUGGGACUUACUUCGACUGCAUCUCCGGAAACGGCCAUGGUUUUCGUCUGUGCUCAGAACAGCUCCAACAAUGGAAGCUUCUUCUUCGGCACAUUUCAGAGAAACAACACUAACCCCAGCGCUCCACUUGCUGCAGUAGACAGGACUGUGAGUAACACCCGAGGUGAGGUGACUGGUAAUGUCAUCAGAUGUGUCUUCACGGUCCCUAAUGUCAACUCCACCGCCCGGCGAAGGAACGCUGACACUACCUUCGCUGUUCUCCUUGGAAGUGGAUCUAUCAGUGGUGGUACUAUCGGUACCUUCAAUGUCGCCCUGAACAGAUCUCUGAACCUGGCCAACCCCGCUCUUGGAAGCAGCAACCCCACCACCCCAGCACCAACAACUACCCCCACACCAGCUUUGAUCAUCGCUCGUACUGGCUGUGGAACAAAUAAACUGUGUGUGGAGACACCAGGUAACUGUAAUCCAGCUGGAAACAGCAUGUGUCUGUUCACGUCUUUCAUCGUCAACAACUCAAUGCCUCCCAAUGGAGUUAAUCUGUUGAUCGAACUGCGAGGAGACUCCGAAGGAUACAUAGCACUGGGACUUACUUCGACUGCAUCUCCGGAAACGGCCAUGGUUUUCGUCUGUGCUCAGAACAGCUCCAACAAUGGAAGCUUCUUCUUCGGCACAUUUCAGAGAAACAACACUAACCCCAGUGCUGCACUUGCUGCAGUAGACAGGCCUGUGAGUAACACCCGAGGUGAGGUGACUGGUAAUGUCAUCAGAUGUGUCUUCACGGUCCCUAAUGUCAACUCCACCGCCCGGCGAAGGAACGCUGACACUACCUUCACUGUUCUCCUUGGAAGUGGAUCUGUCAACGGCAGUACCCUCGGUACCUUCAAUGUCGCCCUGAACAGAACUCUGAACCUGGCAGACCCCACCCAGGGCAGCAACGACACACAGACCACACCAGCGCCGAGCAACGUCACCACACAGGUUCCUCCCACUACAUGUGGCGCUGAGUCCUCCUAUCCUCAUGCUCUGCUCCUGCUCAGUGUCCUCGUACUGUCCAUCAUGUUGAGGAACUAAAAAGACUCCAGGCAACAUUUAAGGUCUGACGGACACAAUGAAGACUAAUAAUGCACUGGAUUUACACAUGUAGGAGUGUCAAUAAAAAUGGAAUGACAUAUUUUUUUAAUAGAACUUUACACUACAGUUCGUACCUGAGAUGCACUCUAACACUGGGAAUUUACCAGUCUGGCCUGGAACAACAGGAAUGGUUUAGUGCUGCUGCUCUACUCCGCCAGUGUUGUUUGUGCAAGUUACUUCCAAACUGUAAUACAUUACAGAUUACUUGUUGCUGUUAUUUAAAAGUAUUUCCUUACCUUACAAUAUUACUGUCUCAGAACUGUGAUGCGUUAUAUGAUUCCUGUAUUACUUUUGAGUUACUUUCACCAUAAUAUCUACAGCAACUUAACAACUGAACAUUCUAAAAUGACAAGAUGUACUUCAGGGCAUUUUAGAUCAAGUAGAGGAUGACAUGGUGAAGCAUAAUGACUGUGUUCUAUCCAGGUUCUAACAAUAUACUGUAGUUUAUUUUUGGCAAAGUCAAGGCUCAAGGCAAUGAAAGAAAGGAUGAAAGACAAACUGAAUUUCUGUCGCUUUAUCUGAUCGCUGUCGUCGUCGUCUGUUUUCUUUCUCUUCUCAGUCAGUGGAGUGGUCACAUGACACUGUACCAGAUGGAUGUUGCUUUUUAAUUGCUAGUGCUAUUUCUCGACGUCGAUAGUUCUUUUAGUUUUAGUCAAAGGUUGCAUUUGACUAUUACAUUCUUCCUGUCCUUAUCUCUAAAUGUACUGUCCUCUGUCAUAUUUACCCAGUGGCUGGCCACCAACAGGAAAUAGCCUAGAACUUUUGUGAUUUGUUAUGGUCUUGCAGUCUUGAUGGGGUUUUUUUGUUUGUUUUUUUCAUUUGAGCAAUUAAAUUAUGGCCGAAAAGUGUGUUGUAACGCAAGCACUAUUGAACAUGCAUCAAGUAAAAUAUUACUGAAAAUUGAUUUGUAUUGCCUUACACUACUUCAUUACAGCAAAAAGUAAUUCAUUACUGUAAAGCAUUACUUUUGGAACACAGUACUCCCAACACUGGUUAGCACCAGUUUCUCCAAAAGCAAUUAAAUACAAACAGGCAAAAGUGUUACGUACAACAUCUUAGCAUGCAGCAACUAAACCAUAUUCUUUUGUUAAUAAUCUGUGAAUGUAAUAUUUAAUGGUGCAGGGAAAAAUACUUUGAUUAUAUGAUUAUAUGCUGUUAUACUUUGAUAAAUAAACUGUCUACUAUAUUUAA